AUGAUGAGGCUUCUCGAGAAGUGUCACGAGGAGAGGAUCCGGUUCGGCAUCACGGCGGAGAGCCAGGCAGCGGCGUCGGCAGAGGUGGCCGAGGCGGUGCGCUUGGACGCUGAGGCGGAGGAGGCGGAGGAGGAGGCAGAGGCGGACGAGGAGGAGGCGGCGGCGGCAGAGGCGGCUCGGGCGGCGGCGGCGCAGGCGCAGGCGGACGCCAGGGCAGCGCUGGAGAAGGCCAACGCGGCGCUCGCGGACGCGACGGCCGCUGCAGAGGCGAGCGCUGCUGUUGCGGCUGCUUCGAAGGCCAAGGCGACCGCUGCCAGGAUGGCCGCGGAUGCAGCCGAGCAGCAGCGCUCGUGA